AUGAUUUUGAAAAGUAUUUUACCUGUUUAUCCAGGAGAGAUUAACUUUCUUAUCGCACUAGCGACACCAGAUUUACCAUGUUUCUUGAGAAGGCUCACAGUACGUAUCCUUCGUGAUGAUGAGAUAGAAGAAGACAUUGAGAGCUUGACUGGUUUAAUGGAAGCUUUUAUAGUUCCUUUAACAAGUAAUAUCAAGAUCAACGAAGACGUAUUUUUAAUUAUUCAAGAAACCAAUUUGGUUUGCAAUGCCUUUAGAUAUUUCAUGUACAUAGAUUGUGAUAAUGACUUUCAGUGGAGUGCCAGUCGGUUCUUCGAGAUUUGUACUUCUCACGAUUUUUUACAUAAAGAAGCAUUGUAUUCAGUCACAGACUGUGAUUUUACUGAUAUUGUUGACACGUCUCACAAUCGCGAAUUUGAGCAGCAGAUACAUUUCAUUGUAAUUAUUUCUAAUCUAAUCCAACAACUCGGAUAUAAUGCAGCAGAACUAGCCAUUGAGUAUGACAUACUCACAUUGAUAAGUUCUUUCAUUCCAGAUCACAUUCAAUAUGCUUUGAAUGCUCUUGACGUGCUUAUUGAAAAGUACGUUGAAAAAGAUCAUGGAAAAACCAUCUGUGAUCUUAUUGGUGAAACUAGCAUCAUGCAAGAUUUGAAGGAUGUUACAGAAGUUAAUGACAAUGACGACGAAUUCGACAUGAUCAUUAAUUUUGUCAAUCAUUUCAACAACUUAGCAAAUAACUGA